CUACGCCGGUUACCGUUUUAUUUCUAAAUCGUGAUUUCCAGUUUGAUUGCCAACUUUUAAAAAAAAUUAAUGUUAGAUACAUUUUUUGUGCUAUGGCAGGUUUGUUUAGAAAACGACAGUUCAAACCAUGGAUAUUUUCUUGUGUGACAGCACCUGACAGACAUUUUAAAUCUAAAAUUGUCAAAGUUCUAUGUAGAAGGUCAAUUGAACUGCCUGGAAGUAUUGUGAUGCUAGUGUCUGAUGGAGAAUUGUCUAUUUCUGCUGCUUUUCCAGAUGAAGCUGUGAACAAAGCCUUGACAAGUAUUGGUCUUACUAGAAGCACAAGAUGGGAUAACUCUUUACUAAUUUUGCAACAGUUCAGAAUUGAACUUAAAGUAAAGCAAGGAGAGGAUAGUGGAGAAUAUGUAGUAUAUGUAGAGAAAUUUAAUAUCUGGGACCUGCAGCCAGGAUACACAGCAAAAUUUGACGUUAAAUAUUGUAUGGAGGAUAAGAAAGUUUUGGAAAAGAUGGCUGAAGAAAUAAGAGAAAUAAAGGAAAGGGCAGUUCGUGCAUCAGAAUGUAAUAAUACAGACAGUAUUGGCUUGUCACAGUUGUUAGAUGAGAUGGCUAAACCUUCUGAGGGUUUUUCACAGUCAAGCAGUCAAGAUGUUGAAGAAAAGUCAACCAAAUGUACAGAUAAUAAUGGCAUGACUGUAACAGAGAGUUUGAUGGAGAAAUUAUGUGAGCCAUUUACUGUAACUGAAUUUCUCAUACCUCAGUCACAGUUAGAAAUUCUACAGAAUAUUCCAGGCCUGAGGUGUGUGUAUGAGGCCCACAUCAAAAAUCAUCAUUUAACUAACCCUAACACAUUAUCUGUGGUCAAGAAACUUGUUUAA